AUGCCAGCCAGAGGAAGGAGGAGGUACACGACAGACAGAGGAAGAGGCAGGGGGAACCCGACACGACAGGCAGAGGAAGAGGCAGGGGGAACCCGACACGACAGACAGAGGAAGAGGCAGGGGGAACCCGACAACCAGAGGAAGAGGCAGGAAGAACACGACAGACAGAGGAAGAAUUCACAGAAGAAGAGGCAGGGGGAACCCGACAUCCAGAGGAAGAGGCAGGAGGAACACGACAGACAGAGGAAGAACACACAGAGGAAGAGGCAGAGGGAACCCGACAGCCAGAGGAAGAGGCAGGAGGAACACGACAGACAGAAGAAGGAGGCAGGAGGAACAGGGCAGCUGGAGGAAGAGGCAAGAAGAAUAUGGCGGCCUGAGGAACAUGCAGGAGGAACAAGCCAACCAGAGGAAGAGGCAGAAGGAACAUGCCAACCAGAGGAAGAGGCAGAAGGAACACGGCAGCUAGAGGCAGAGGCAGGAAGAACACGACAAGCAAAGGAAGAGACAGGAAGAACACGACAGACAGAGGAAGAUUCAGGAAGAACACGACAGACAGAGGAAGAACAUGGCAGACAGAGGAAGAAGUCCAAUACGAGAGGAACACCUUACCCAAAUAGGCAGGAGGAACACGGCAGCAAGAGGAAUAGGCAGGAAGAACAUGGCAGCCAGAGCAAGAGACAGGAAAAACACGACAGACAGGACGAAGCCAGCAGGAAGAACACGACAAACAGAAGAAGAAGAAGCAGGAAGAACAUGACAGACAGAGGAAGAGAGGAAGAGGCGGGAGGAACACGACAGACAGAGGAAGAGACAAGGGGAACCAGUGGAAGAGGCGGGAAGAACUCGACAGAGAGGAUGAGUCAGGAAGAACACAAGCAGAGGAUGUCAGGAAGAACACAAGCAGAGGAAGAGUCACGAGGAACAUGGCAGAGGAAGAGGUCGGAUGAACACUGCAACCUGAGGAAGAGGCGGGAGGAACACGACAGCCUCAGAUGA